GUCCGAUGCAUUCCCCCGCCUGGAGCUUUUAAACAAGAGUCUCUGCUCCAACACCAUUCUCCAAAUCUGCUGUAGUGAGUCCAUUCCAAUUGCAGCAAUGGAUAGUAAAGCAGAGUUGCCGACGUAUACGGAUAACGCUGGCACCAUGCCAUUGAGCCGGAACCCAGCCCUCGGAUUCCCGGUCCGACCUCGUCGAACGGCUCUCCGCCGCUCACGAGGUAUCAAAUUCAUCACGCUUGCCUGCCUGGCGCUUAUCGUGCUAUCUCAAUGGAAGCAAGUCUGGCGCGCUGAGAGAGGAGAGCCAAAGCUUGCCGCAGCGAAGCUUCAAGAGAACUUGCAAACCUGCGCCAAGCUUCGAACCAAACCGAGUGACCCCAUUGGUCUUGGACGCGAGCGCAACGCUCGGUACAUUGACGGCCAUAAGCCAACUCUUAUCCGAAAUGCUACGAUUUGGGUUGGUGAGCCUGUCAAAGGUACGAGUGUAAGCGAUGCCCAUGCUGGCAAGGGCUGGGAAUGGAUCCACGGGGAUAUUUUCCUCGAACACGGUCUCAUUAAGCAGGUUUACAAGGGACUGUCUACCGAAACUCUACCCGAAGACACCAUUGUCUUUGAUGCCGCUGGAAAGCAAGUCACUACUGGAAUCAUAGACAUGCAUAGCCAUGCUGGCGUUGGGCCAUUGCCUUCCCUCCGGGGCAAUGAAGACACCAACGAGAUGGGUGAUGACAUCACGCCUUGGGCAAGGUCCAUUGACAGUUUCAAACCGUUGGAUUCGCAGAUUCAGACAAUCAAAUCGGGCGGUGUAACAACUUCCCUGGUUUUGCCAGGCUCUGGUAACAAUAUCGGUGGAGAGGCAUUUGUCUUCAAGUUUGCCGUGGGCAAACCCGAUGGCCGCGAGGAGAUUGCUGCUGUGGACAUGCUCGCCGACCCGGACCGAAACUGGAGAUAUAUGAAAAUGGCAUGCGGAGAAAAUGCAAAGCGCGUGCAUGGCGCGAUUGACAAGGUUCCAACGAGCCGCAUGGGAGAGAGCUAUGCCUUCCGCCGUGCGUUUGAGAGCGCGAGAUCACUGGUCCAGAAGCAAGACGACUGGUGCGACAAGGCUACUGCUAUCGGCGUAGAGAAUAUGGAGGAAUACCUCCCAGAGACCCUUCAGUGGGAGACUUUGGCUGCCGCUAUGCGUGGUCAGGUUCACAUCAACGUUCACUGCUACACGGUAGCCGACUUGGAAGCCAUGGUAGAUCACACCAACGAGUUCCAGUUUGCUGUUCGAGCAUUCCAUCAUGCCCACGAAACCUAUCUUGUUCCAGAUAUUCUCAAACGUGUCUGGGGUGGUAGAGCGCCGUCCUCUGCCCUUUUUGCGGACAACAUGUAUUACAAGGCCGAAGCGUACUUGGGUUCGGUGUACGCCGGCAAGCAUCUCUACGAUGCCGGGCUCACACCCAUCUACGUCAGCGAUAAUCCCGUCCUCAACGCCCAGCAUGUUCUCUUUGAAGCGGCCAAAGCCCAUCACUGGGGCUUGCCUUACCACGCCGCUCUGUCCAGCGUCACCAGCGCGCCGGCAGAAGAGUUGGGCAUGGGACAGCGCCUUGGAAAGAUUAAGCCUGGUUACGAUGCGGACAUUGUCGUUUGGGAUAGCGACCCAUUGAGCAUUGGCGCUACACCUGUCCAAGUCUGGAUCGACGGCACCGCCCAGUUCGAGAACCCUUUUGUUCUAGAGAAGCCUUUGAAGACACCCAUCAUCAAGCAAGAAGUCCCAAGCGCAGAGACUUUAGAAACAGCUAUCGAGUCCUCCAAUGUCGUGUUCACUGGUGUGACCAACGUAUGGAUCCCUGGCUUCGACACGGUCGCCAAGGGUGAGCCGGUGAAUGUGGUUGUCAAGGAUGGCGAGAUAUCAUGCGUUGGACCUUGCGUAUCUCAACUCGACAACGCCAAGCUGAGCAAUGCCACGGUCGUCGACUUGAAAGACGGCCAUCUUACAAAAGCCUUUACCGCUUUUGGUGGUAGUCUUGGGUUGAACGAGAUUGAUGCGGAAAAGGAAGCGAGCAAUGGCAACAGCGGUGACAAGUUCACUCGCGCCGUUGAUGGUCUCCAGAUGCAGGGAAUCAAGCUGGCUGCAGCGUUGACAUCUGGUGUUACAAGAUCCAUGUCCGCUCCUGUUCGCAGUGGACCUGGCUCCGAGCAUGGUGUUUCUGUUGGAUUCCUCACCAAUUCACACACAUCACUUGACCCCGGCGCCGUGUUUAGCGAAGAGCUAGCGCUACACUAUAGCUUCGGUCUAUCGGCAAGAGACAAGACGUCUUAUGCGGCCCUGUUUGGCGAUCUGCGCAGCAAGCUCCUCAAAGCCAUCAAGGACAAAUCGGAAGUGUUCAACAGCUUUUCCGAAGAAGCCUACCUCCAGCGUGUAGUCAAUGGUGACCUGACGCUCGUCGCUUCUGUCGAUAGCGCUGAUGGCAUUGCUACUCUUCUACGAGUCAAGUCCCAAGUGGAAAAGGCCAACGACGGCAAGCCUCUUCGAGUGGCUAUUUUUGGCGGUGCCGAAGCGUUUAUACUUGCCGAUGCUCUGGCUGCGGCCAAGGUCGACGUGAUUCUCUCCGCGUUCCAGCCUCUCGGUCUCAACUGGGAUCAGCGACGCGCUUUGACUGGCGCGCCACUGACCAAUGGUACCGCAAUAACCCGCCUUGUGGAAGCCGGUGUCACUGUUGCCGUUGGACUUGGAGAAGACUGGCAAGUCCGUGAUUUUGGGUUUGGCGCAGCUGCCGCGCACAUCAACAGUGACGGGCUUAUCAGUGAACGGGAAGCAUUGGAGUUGGUCAGUGGCAACCUGUAUAAGAUUCUAGGUAUCGAGGAAGACAUCAAGGGCCAUUUCAUUGUUCACCAGGGCAGCCCCAUGGACAUUACGUCGACCAUUGUCGCUGUUGGUGGUGGGAAAAAGUCGGUCUCUGUCUUUGCGUCGUCAUAGUCUACGAAGUAGUAGGUGGAUGCAUGGGUCCUGUAGAUCUUGGACUGUUCUAGAUUGGUGAUCUCGGAUGCUAUCCGAAUUUGUUUUCAACCGUAUAUAGCAGCCACUUUUGGGUAUUUUACAUCCGAGCGCGGCGUAUUGUAUAGCAUCCUGUUAUAUAACUUAUUACUAGUUGCAAUAUAAACAGUGUAUACAAGUAAACAGAGUUAAGGCAAGGCCCGGGAGGAGGGGUAGGUGAGCGUUUAGCCCCUCGUUAGGUGUAUAAGCGUAAAAGAGAUUAACGAAAGUGUUAACGGC